GUUCACCACCAUGACCAAAGCAAACGCAGCAUCCCGUCGACGAAGAGCCUCCCUGGAGCUGGUGGACGCGAAGCAGGCUGUCGACCUUGCCACAGCACAGUCCUACUCUGAAAAUGUGUUCCUGUUCAUUCCAAACCUCAUUGGAUAUUCUCGUAUCAUUUUAGCUGCAUUGGCUUUACACUACAUGAGUUACCACCCCAAGUACUGCACGUUGUUGUAUGGCAUUUCAUGUCUGCUGGAUGCUGUAGACGGACAUGCAGCGCGGGCGUUGGGGCAAACCUCGAAAUUUGGAGCGGUUCUGGACAUGGUGACUGAUCGUUGCACGACCUCUUGUUUACUCUGCUACCUCGCCUCUGCUUAUCCACCAUACGCCCUCUUUUUCCAAUUCCUCAUUGCCUUGGAUUUCAGCAGCCACUACAUGCAUAUGUACAGUUCUCUUGCCACAGGUUCCAGGAGUCAUAAGCUCGUGACCAGUGAUGUUAGCCGCAUCCUUUGGCUUUACUACAAUGAUUCUCGCACCCUCUUCUUCGUCUGUGCUGGCAACGAGUUGUUCUUCGUGUCCCUCUACCUCAUGAAGUGGACCGCCUCAUCAAUAGGCCCCGAGGGCUAUCUUGCCCACUUGUCAUACCCACAACUCAUCGCUAUUCUGACGUUCCCGAUCUUCCUCGUCAAGAACAUCAUCAACGUCGUUCAACUGUGGAAGGCUUCCAAAAUCUUGGUCGGCGUUGAUUUGGCCGAAAGAGAGUCUGCGAGACAGCAGGCCAAGUCUUCCUAAUAUUGCAGACGCGAACGCUGUGCAGCUAUCUUACUUUUCGUAUACGAUAUAUUACUCAAUCUAGUACUAUUACGACUGGAACGAAGGAUUGUACCACUGUAUGUACAGUUCAUUGAUUGUGUUGUUUUCAGUGUGUUG